CAUAUUUAUAAUAUGCUCACCCCACCACAAACCCCACCCUUAUGCACAGAAGCUUUGGCAGCAACUCCGAUUAAACUUUAAGGUUGAUUGACAAAUACCCUUGCGAAGAGCCUUGCUUUCUCUCUCUAGCCAGUUUCCUCUCUCAUCCCAGGUUGUUCAAAAAUGGUGAGGCAGAAGAUUGAGAUCAAGAAGAUUGACAACUUGACGGCGAGGCAGGUGACCUUCUCCAAGAGGAGAAAAGGGCUUUUCAAGAAAGCUAGAGAGCUCUCCACUCUCUGCGAUGCUGAGAUUGCCCUUAUUGUUUUCUCAGCCUCCGGCAAACUCUUCGACUACUCUUCCUCAAGCAUGAUGCAAAUCAUCCAAAGGCAUGAUCAUCAAACAGAAUUCAAACUACUUAGGCAACCUCCCCUCCAUAUUCAGGGAAAUGAUGGCCUUGGCAAACUCAGCAGGCAUCUUAUGGAGCUCAGCAUUGAGCUAAAACAGCUUGAGGGAGAACAUCUCCAAGAGCUUAGCUUAGCCAGUCUCAUGAAGCUUGAGAAAUUGAUCGAGGGAGGAAUGAGCCGCAUUCGAAAAACUAAGAAUGAGAGGCUAGAAGAUGAAAUGAGGGUGCUCAAGACAAGGGAAUUUAAAUUGAUGGAAGAAAACUCACGGUUGAAUUCGCAGCCAAUAGAGAAAUCCAGCAAAAGAAAUGCUUUUGACCUAGGAAUUCAGCCCAUUUCCGACAGCAAUUGCACCGACACAUUCCUCAAGCUAGGGCUGCCCUAAUCCAACUGUAACUAUAUAUGUAUGAGAUAUAUUUUGUGUAAUGUUUGAUGUAAACGGAUGCAUGAUUUCUAGCUCUGGAUGGUUUGUCGCCAUGUAAUAACAUAUCACAUGGGAAGUACUAUCUAUCUAUGAUUCUAUUUACAUUUA